ACAACUUAUUGUCAACAUCUAUCAAAGUGCCAACUGUCAUUUAAAUUUAUAAAAAUUAUACUCUUUAUUUUGUAUUUGUUUAAUUGUUUAUAAGUUAGGAGUCAUAUGUAAUUAAUGCAAUUUCGGUAAACAUAAAAGUUUUAAACUAUUUAAACAAUGGACUUACUUUUAGUACUAUGGAAUUUUCUCAUUUACAGUUCUGUUGCAGCCGCAGCCGUGCUUGUAUUAUUGACUUUCACACUGUAUAUAACAACAAAACCAUACCCAAUAGUUGAGAAGUACACUGAAGAAGAAACAUUCCUGGAUAGCAAAAAAAAUGAAAGAUUAAAAUUUCCCAGUAUCACUGAACCUUGCAGUGUGAAUUUGAGUGUUGUUGUACCUGCAUACAAUGAAGAGGAUAGAUUGCCACCAAUGCUUGAUGAAACCAUAGAGUUCCUUGAACAGAGGCUGAAAGAAUAUCCCUCAUACAAGUAUGAGAUAAUAGUUGUCAGUGAUGGAAGCAGAGAUAAAACAGUAACAGUGGCUCAAUCUUAUGCAGAAAAGUUGGGGACUGACAAACUUCGGUGUUUAGAACUCAUCAAAAAUAGGGGGAAAGGUGGUGCAGUACGGUUGGGAGUACAAAGUUGCAGAGGAGCAUUAAUUUUAUUUGCUGAUGCAGAUGGCGCUUCAAAGUUUGAGGAUUUAACAAAACUGGAAGCUGCUCUAAAGAGUAUUGCUAAAUAUGACCCUAUUACACAGCCAGCUGAAAUAAGCAACUGUGACAUAUUAGUCAUUGGAUCCAGAGCACAUUUAGAAAAGGAAUCUCUAGCUAAGAGAAGUGUUUUCAGAAACAUUUUGAUGUAUGGCUUUCACUUCCUUGUGUGGCUGUUUACUGUAAAAGGCAUCAAAGACACACAGUGCGGGUUCAAAUUGUUCACCAGAAAGUCUGCAAAUGCUUGCUUUGAAAGUUUGCAUGUCAAUCGAUGGGCUUUUGAUGUAGAAAUACUGUACAUAGCAAGAAAACUAAACAUUCCCAUCGCUGAGAUUCCUGUACGGUGGACAGAGAUUGAUGGAUCAAAAGUGACUCCGGUACUGUCAUGGAUACAGAUGGGCGUUGAUUUAGGUCUCAUAUGGUUGAAAUACACGAUUGGCGCUUGGAAAAUAAAGAGUGAAAAAGUAGAAUAAGACAAUUUAUUGAGCUAAGUGGCCUGUCAGCCUUAAAUGUUGCGCAAAAUAUCGUACAUAGGUAUACAUAAUUAUAUUUAUAAAUAUUUUAAAA